AUGUCCACAGAUAAACGCGCUGUCGUUAAAAACGUAGAUAUGUCCGAUGAAAUGCAACAGAAGGCAAUCGACACAGCUAUCCAAGCUCUUGAUUCCUUCAAUAUUGAAAAGGAUAUCGCUUCAUAUAUCAAAAAGGAAUUCGACAAGACAUACAACCCAACUUGGCACUGCGUUGUUGGUCGUUCGUUUGGUUCCUUCGUUACACACGAAACCAAGCACUUCAUUUACUUUUACAUCGGCCAAGUUGCCGUUCAGCUCUGGAAGUGUGGUUAA